CCUCAAACAUGACGCCUACCAGACCUUAACACCACAUUUAACGACAGUCAGUUAGUCAAUAUCACACACCAGUGUUGUCUCCUUACGUCAGUGUUCAUAUUAGUUUGUUGUAACUUUAUUCCAUGCUUUUUUUUAGCAAGCUAUCGGCGAUGUGAGGUUGUUAAAACGUCGUGGUGUUUAGUUGAGCUAAUUUGGCAGACGGUGGUUUCCCUCACCAGCAGGAGCUAACGCUAGCGCCGAGGCCGGGAACUAUUUCCGAUUAAACAGACACACUGACAAAAGUUUAUAUCAGUCCAACUUAACUUUUAUUUCCAUUAAUUAUAAUCAUUAUGGAUUGGAUUCAUCUUGAACUAGUAUGGAUGUUGAUGACUGUAAUGGCCGAUCUUACACAUCAGGUGGUGGAGAUUCACUGAUGGAAAGAGAGUUUUCUGGGGCCCUGGGAGGUCCAACAGUGAGCACCCCAAACAGCAAGGAGAAUUCUCCAAGUCGCUCCCUCAGUGCAAACUCCAUCAAAGUGGAGCUGUACAGUGAUGAAGACCCAGGCCGUAGUACUGAGGAUGAAAGAGGGGAGCGGAUCGAUGAAGCAGAUCCAGAACAGGGAAUGGAGAUGGGUGGAGGUUAUAAGGAAUUUACUAAUCCUGAAAUCAUGCCAACUGGGGCCAUCAGACUGCCAAAUGGAAAGCUUAAGUGUGACAUCUGUGGAAUGAUCUGCAUUGGGCCUAAUGUUCUCAUGGUGCACAAACGCAGCCAUACAGGUGAACGACCUUUCCAAUGCGAUCAGUGUGGUGCUUCAUUCACUCAAAAAGGAAAUCUCCUCCGCCACAUCAAGCUGCAUUCGGGAGAGAAGCCUUUUAAAUGUCCCUUUUGCAGCUAUGCCUGUCGAAGACGAGAUGCUUUAACUGGCCAUCUUCGCACACAUGCAGUGUCCUCCCCAACUGUAGGGAAGCCGUUUAAAUGCAGUUAUUGUGGCCGUAGUUACAAGCAGCAGAGCACCCUGGAGGAGCACCGUGAGCGCUGCCACAGUUACUUCCAGGGUCUGGAGUCACAGCCACUAAACAAUGCUCUGAAUGCAGGAGAGGAGAUGAGAGAGCUAGAGUUUAUACCAGACCCUCUACUGCACCCCUCCUCAGACAAGAUGGCAUUUAUCGAUCGACUCGCCAACAGCACCACCAAACGCAAGAGAUCCACACCACAAAAAUUUGUUGGACAGAAGCACAUACGCCUCAGUCUUGCAGAUGUACCUUACGAGCUGAAUGCUGAUUUGGAUAAAGAGGGGGACAUGCACCCAGAGGACCUUGAGGUUCCGGACUUUACUGGCCUUAGAAGAGAAUAUGCAGGUGGAGCAGGUAAUGGAGGAGGAGGGGUAGCGGAUACACUGAGACCCCUUCAUAUUCCCAACACUCACCGUCCAUGUUUGCCAGAACCCAGGCUGACCCAAAGCUCCACUCACAGUUCGGUUGUUCUUGGCCCAAGAUUGAAUUGCAUAGGGGCUGGGGCUGGGGUGGGACCUGUGGGUUUAGGAGGUAGAGAGGGAGCUGAGGGUCAUGAAGACCUUCCUGCUGUUCAAAGCGAUGCACCUUCACCUAGCAACGGUUGCCAGGACUCUACGGACACAGAAAGCAUGCCAGAUGAGCUGUGCAAUAGCACAAUAGCUCAUCCCCCGAUCUUGCACAGUAACAACGGACAUCAUCUCCUGCACUCCACCAACCAUGUCUCAAGACCUCUUCCCACUUCACACCAUAGGAACCGGGAAAGACACAGCCCCAGCAACGCCAAAGACCGAGAUAUGAAAAGAGAAGAUGGAGGACAUUUACCACCUCCUGCUCCAGUUCCCAGUUCCCCUACAGCACCUUCUUCCACUUCAAGGGAGGCUUUGCGUGUAGUAGAUGCAGAGGGCCGACCUGUGCGUUCUUUCCGUUGUGAGCACUGUCGUGUGCUUUUCUUGGACCAUGUAAUGUUUACCAUCCACAUGGGCUGCCAUGGCUUUCGUCAGCCUUUUGAGUGUAACAUCUGUGGCCAUCGUAGUCAGGACCGAUAUGAAUUUUCUUCACACAUUGUUCGUGGAGAGCACAUCUUUGACUAAGGAUAAAAGCUGGAAAGUCUCCAUCACCUAGAGCUUUUUACAUUGAGACAAGGGCCUGGCUGGGUUUGGUCUGCACAUAAACUAGAGGGGUUGCUAAUGGCAUGAAACUGAUUCCUAAUAUUUCAAACAAGUACUGACAUUAACACACUGGGUAUGCACCAUCAUCCAUGAAAAGUUAAUUUCGACAUGGCUAAAAUGACAAUUACUAUAUUACUGCUCAUCUAAUUUGAACCUCCUUCAGCAGCAAAUAUAUUGAACAUGUGUUUUUAAAGUCUAUUGAGAGUCACUGCAUAAUUUUCAUUCACAGUGCCUUGCUCUGAAAUUCAGGAUUCAAACUGGAUGCACAGAUUACUGUAGACAAAUUUGUCUUGAUCAAUUACUUUAAAUUGUACCCCUCUUGUGCACUUUACCAUAGAUUAUAUUAAAUAGCCAUGUGAAAAGUUCUUAAGCUGGUCUACAAUGGAAUCUGUAAAGACCUGUAUGCCUUCGUCUAUGAAAGCCUUUUGAUGUUAAAGUACUUUUCAACCUUUGGUUGAUCCUAUUCAGUCAGUUUCUUGUCUAAAAAGCAAAGUACGGACCAAACUCAUAAGCCAGAAACAAGUUAGUUAAGGUGUACAGGUUCGGGGGGGCGAGUUGUCUUGAAUUAGAAAUGCACUUUGAUUAAAACAGAUCUGUGUGUGUGCGUGUGCGCGUGUGCGUGUGUGUGUGUGUGUGUGAGUGAGAGAGAGAGAGGACCUAAGAGGCCGUGUGUUUUCUGAAAAUGGAAAAUGAAGACGUUUUAGUUGUGUAAUUUUCAUGUGGGAUGGUGUAAUAAUUGAUUUUAAUUUUCUAUGACUGUUUUUGUUGCACUGAUACCUGCCAGAAUUCUGAUUAUAUUAAACUAUUUUAUAGAACACACUAACAACCUGCACAUUUCUCCCAGAAUGUGAUAAAAAACAUUCUAACAAGCAAAGGAGUUCAGAUGUCACUGCCGCAAUUAAGAAGAAAUGGCUAAAAGGUUUUUGGUCCUUUUCUUAUUUCCCUUUUAAAACUACAACAAUAAUAUCUAAGAAAAAUGUUUAUGCUGUCUUAAAGCAUUGUUAUGGUGUAAUGUUGUUGUAUUGUGCCUUUCUUCACCUUGUCCAUCAAAGGAGGGGAAGAGCCAUUAGCCUGUGUCUCAAAACAUCAUUGUAGGUGAUUUCUGAAGGCUAUAAGUUACAAAAUAAUUUGAGCAUUCAAGUAGUUUUCCAGACACUAAGAUCCCUGCCUUGUUCUUUCGCAGUAAUUGUUUAUCUUUAUAGAAAUGGAGGGUGAUUUUUAUUCCUGGCAAAGACUCCGCUCUUAUGCUCGAUCAAAGGAUCAGUUUGCAUGCCUAAACAUCUUUACCUUGCUGUGAUAGCUGGAAGACAGUGUGUGACAAUUUGCUAUCCUCAGAAGUUAAAUCCCAAAGCCCUUCUUUCACCCCCUUUUCCUCUGUAAUAACACUAAUACUGGUUAUCAGUCACUUGUGUUACAGCAGAAUCUGUUUGUGACCCAUGAUUGUCUUGGUAUUUUAUUCAGUAAUGAAAUGUAUGUCAGCUUACGUAACACCCAGCUUUUGAUUUUUUUUUAAUUAUUUUUACAUAAAUUUCAGUUUUUAAUUUUACACCAUUAAAGCAAAGUAGGUAUACUGUCUAACAAGACUUUUUGAACCCAUGCAAGUCAGAAGACUGAUUUGAGUAGAAAAAUUCACCAUAAUUGCAGACAAACAAGACACUCUGGACAAUAUUUCCAUUGUAUAUUAAAAGUAAUUGCAGCCAAAAUGAGUCAUGCUCAGUAUCAAGUCUGCAUCACUUAUUUCAAACCAUAAAGGCAGGAAAAUUCUGAGAAUAGUGAUAAGCUAAUGCAAGUUGUUACUUUAGUUCUGGAAGUGAAUUAAGAUUUUAACUAUUACUCAACUUUUUUUUUUUUUAAACCAGUUUCCAUAAACAUUGUUUUUGAUGAGACUUUUGCCAGUUUAUUCAGUCAUUUAAGGAUCUAAUUAUAUUUAUAGCCAUGGUACCAUUGGGAAUGUUUCCUCUGGUGUAAUACAGUCAUUGAUCUCACAAUAUUAGUUCUGAUAAAUCUCCAAAGUAUUUUGUACAAAAGCAGCUGGUUUCCAUGCUGCAUCCAGAUUAACAUGUGUGGUCGUGUAUCAUAAAGUUUUAAUACUCAGCCAAGGAAUCGCUAUUUCCAACUCUUAAUACUUGACCUCCAUUAUGUUGGGCAAAUUCAGUUCAAUAUUUUUUAAUCUUAAACGUUAAGCAAAAGCUUCAAGGUCAUUAAAACAUCAGUUCUUAUGAAAGCCUUAGUCGAUGUUAACUCUUAUUUCCACCUAAUGCAGAUUUGUUAAAAAUAAGUGGCAAUUUUUAACCACCUAGACAGAAAGUUGCAUUUGAUGCAAACAUAAAACAGGAACUGCAAUAAACUGAGAUCAACACCUUUAAAUACAUAGAGAAUUAAUCAGUCUUCUACAACAAACUUUCCUCUUUGAGAAAACUGUGAAAUCAACUGGGAUAGAGGAGCUUAUCAAGUGUCACAUAUCCACGAAGAAUAUUUAAUAAUUAUGUUAAGAAUGUGACAUUAAAGAUGUCAAUGUACAUGACUCAAGUUGGGCAGCAAAAAAAAAAAACAAGCCAACUUCCAACCCAACUUUAGUUUUCUAGUUUAAAAUGCUUAGGGACCAGUUUCCUCUGCUAUGAUAUAUUUUUGGUUUGGCUGGAUUUCUCUCAACGCCAUCUUAACAGAUUUUUAGCAGGUCAUUUUCCCAAAUAUUUCAGUUAUGCCAAAAAACAAAGUCAAAAAUCCUAUUUGAUUCCGUUUCCUUUAGUACAACUAUAAAUCAAUGCAGAGGUUUUUUAAAAAUGAAAGAAACAUCUGUCAUAUGUACUUGACCAUUGUCACAAUUUGUCAACUACUGUACAUUUCACCUUUCCUGCAACCACACACAGAUUGACAAGCUUUAUUCAUUGAGGUUUAUGUUUUUUUAUUUUAUCUUCAGGUGUACAGCAUCUUCAGAUUCUGCUUUACAUUGGUUUUGGAGGAGCUCUUGGUGCACCAGCCUGUAAGAAAGAAAAAAAAGAAAACUAAGUCAAUGCAUGUGUCCCCUUGCUGGUGUCUGCUGCCACAGCUUUUGUAGCCUGAAAUAAACCGUUUUCAA